AUGCCGGAAUCCGUCUUCGAAGGCACUAGCCUCUGCAAAUUCUUUGCACGCGGCAAUUGCCACAAGGGUUCAGCUUGCAAGUUUGCACACGGCAUCUCAUCUCUGCGCGCCAAGCCGGACUUGAACAAGACCAAGAUGUGUGUGGAUUUCAAGAACUCAGGUACCUGCAAACAAGGGAAGGAAUGCAACUUUGCACACCACCGUGAUGAAAUCCGUCGGGGGCAGAAGAAGAAGCUUAGCCAGGCAGCAGGAUCUCAGGAUUCUGAACGUGAGCCAAUCAUGGUUGAGCGCAGCAGCUCCACAGCUUCAACGGAAACAUCUUCCACUCAGCAUGAUUUGACGGAUGGGAGCAGAGUUGCUCUUCAGGAAAUGGAGUUCAACGAUGCCCCGAAGCCGUCCGCAGUGCAGGAUGAGGGCGAUGAAGAUGACGGAAGACUCGAUAUUUCAGUCAAGAAUACCUUUCUGCACUUCGAACCGGCGCGAUCUGUUGUCUUUCGCUCUCCGUCCUGCCCUUCUGCCUUAUGGAGUCUCGUUGAUUCCGGCGAGAUGCUGGAAUAA